AUGAGCGUGGGCUCGGAUACUGAUUCAGCCUUUACGUUCGCCAGUGAGAGCCAUUUCUCAACUCAGGCCCUGCUGCAGGCAGAGGACAGCUAUAUGGAUAUGGACUGGACGUUAUUAGGUGACAGUUCUGGUGACUUAUACGUCCCUGCACUUCCAGAGCCUCCUAUUACCGCAUCUUCUUCAAGUGGAAUCUACUCACUGGGUCCCGAUGAAGGGCCAGGAUGCUAUGCACUCGAGGAUCUCCUCCCAGGGGACUUCCCUUUCUGCCCUUUUCCAGGGAUGGCAUCGCCAACAGCCUAUUUGCCCAGCUUGACAGAUACAGACGGCUCUUUAAGUGAUUUACCGUACUCACUUCCUACAUUGACUCCGGCUGGAGCAUCCCAAGACAAUAUAUUGCCUCUCCAAGCGGCUGAUAUCCAACCUCACGAAGCCCUAGACGGCUGGCCAAUAUUCAAAUGCAAUCCCAUUGUCCCGUCAAGGGAAUGCACGCCCACGGCUGCACACCACGUAAAUCAUCUCCGAACAUUGCUCGAAAACUGUACCGAGCCGAUCGAAAUCAGCGGACUGGCUGAAUCGACUUCAGAACUGGCCCCUCUCCUCGCGACCACCAGGGAACGGCUCACUGCAGUCCUGCAAGGCCUUUUCAACGAGGCUCAACAUGUGUACAGUCUCCAAGAUCUGGCCAUCAGAACAAAUACAGGAUCAAGGCAUUCCCACCCUGAUUUCAGUGCAUUUGGAGGAUCAUCCAUCCUCCUCCUCCCGCCUCCCCUCGUGCUAGAAUCUCUACUACAAUCCUGCCUCGCCGCAUGUUCACCAUACUACCCAUUCAUCACAACAGCAUCCCGCACCGUCAGCAAGCGCAUGGAGAGUAGUCGACGUCCCAUUCUGCCCAGCAUAUUCCUCCUGCUCAUGCUAGCGGCUGGAGCCAUGACGGUUGGAGCCGGCGAAACACACAACCAAAUGGCGCAUGGCCUGGUUGAGAUAUGUCGGAUUUCUCUACGCAGACAGAUUGAGCAGGAUGUGCAGCUGGCGCUGGAUCCUGAGGUGCUGGAGUGUGCGUUGUUACUUACGAUUGUGGCGGUUUGGAGUGGUGAUAAGUGGCAGAUGGAUAUUUCGAUAUGCCAAAAGGCGAUGUUUCUUGAGAUGCAUUCCCAGGCAGGAUUCCAGAGCAGAGAGACCCAACUGGCCAGGUUAAAGUCCGCAGAGGAUGUCGCCCAGUGCUGCCAAGUAUGGGAGGAGAAUGAAAGGAAAAAUAGAAUCACAUACUCAUGGCUCAUUCUCGACCACGAGAUAUGCCUAUCCCAAGACAUCCCACCCACAUCCUAUCUCUCCAUCACCAACCUCGACGUCCCAAUACCAAGCGGAGAUAUCACCUCAGGUCUGAAGUCCACGAAACGCUGGAUGCAGGGGAUAUCACACCCAUCAGAUCAUAUCACACUCGCAGAUCAACGUGACGCUCCCAUCCCCCCACCCCUCAACGAAUAUGUCCGAUAUUUUCGAGAAACCAACGACGUCCGCGACAUUCGCCACGUUUCGCCGACAUCCCUACGACUACUGCUCUGUUACCUCCAAAACACAGUAGCCCAUCUGCGUUGCAGCGUAGACAGAAUCCCAAUCCCGAGCAAGGGUGAACGCCACAGAGCUGUCGGACAGACAUCGCUCGUCCUCCUCUCCGUCCAAUUCCAGGAGGCCCAGGAGCUCCUGAAUAAGUGGUAUACACUGGCCAGAACACACUUUAUGUCUAGUUCUAUAGACGACUGCUCGCCGGGCUCAUCCCCAUCCAUGCCGGAUAGUGACUCCCGUGCUUCCAGCGCUAACAUGAUCCUCUACCAUCUGGUCAUGCUCAAUACCAUGGUCAGCUUCCCAGAGAUAGAGCGGAUGGCGCGCAUCGAACCCGGAUCGCGAAUUGCAAAACCAGGACCCGCUCCCUGGAAACAUCCAUACCACCUAGAGAACACACGGGAUAUAUACGUCCAGUGUGGCCAGGUCUUGCGUCUUGUUCGCAGCACGCCGGAACCAAGCAGGCCUGUCUGGUGGGCUGGCGCUGUAUACCGAGUGGCCUUGGUCGCGUGGGCAAAUUCCCUGGAUAACACCACCGAUACCAAAGGCCAGACUCAUGGAGAGACGGUGAUACUUGACGAUCUGCCGCCGGAUCAUCCUUCUAUUCUGGCAUACUUGGACCAUCGGUCUGAGCUUCUCCCCAUGUUCUCUGAUACAAGCGGUGCGCUUGUUUCUUUGCAUGUCCCGGUGGACAUUAUACACCAUUGUGCUCGUGUGCUGGAUUCAGAUGUGCAAACGAAAUUCACUAUGGGGAUUCAGCAGAAGAUGUUAAAUAUGGCGCAGCGCUGGGGGAAGGCGGCUUUCUAG